AUGGCACUCUGGAACCAGACCUCCUUAUCAGACUUUAUCCUUUUGGGCAUAUUUGAAUUUUCACCACCAACCAUCUUCCUUUUUGUCCUUGUCCUUUUGGCUGCUGUGACUGCUCUGAUGGGCAACCUCCUCUUCCUGCUGCUGAUCCAGGCUGACAGGUGUCUGCAUACCCCUAUGUACUUCUUCCUCAGCCAACUCUCCAUCAUGGACUUGACCAUGAUGGUCUCAGUGGUGCCCAAGAUGGUAACAAAUCUUCUUUCCGGUCAAAGGAGCAUCUCUUGGGGAGGUUGUAGCACCCAGAUCUUUCUCGUGAACAUAGUUGGAGGGGCCGAGUGCUUUCUCCUGGCCGUCAUGGCCUAUGACCGGUAUCUGGCCAUAUGUCACCCCCUGCGCUAUCCCAUGCUCAUGAGCUGGAAGACCUGCUCCUUCCUAGCCUUGGCGUGCUGGUUGGCUGGGUUGUCAGACAGCGUGAUUGAUGUUAGUGUGGUCUUCACUUUCCCCUACUGUGCAUCUCGGGAGGUGGACCACUUCUUCUGUGAGAUCCCUGCAUUGCUCAGACUGUCCUGUAAAGACACCUCACUCUUCCAAGAUCUUCUCUAUGCUUGCUGUGUGGUCAUGCUGCUAUUCCCCUUGGGGAUCAUUGUGGCUUCCUAUGCCCGGGUCCUCUCAGCUGUGCUGGGGAUGCCAUCUACUGAGGGAAAACAGAAGGCCCUGACCACCUGCUCCUCGCAUUUGACAGUUGUGGGACUCUACUAUGGGGGAGCCAUAUUCAGCUAUAUGCAGAGGGCUUCUGCCAGAACACCUGUGGGAGACAGAGUCACCUCCAUCUUCUACACCACCCUCACCCCUAUGCUCAAUCCUCUCAUUUACACCCUGAGAAAUAAGGAGGUCAGUAGGUCCCUGAGAAAGAUGAUGGCGAGAUGGGGAAAGUAGGAAAGCUGGUCCUCUCAGUCCUUUGUCUCCUGGUAUGUCUGGAAACUGGGCCUCUCUCAAGCUGAUCUUUCUCUAUUCUUGACCGUUCUGGUGGGGUCAUGGCUGAUAAUCUGA